GUUAUCUCUGGUUAUAGUCCAGAGUGCGGAUUCAAUAAUAACUUUAUAUACACCGAAACCUACGUUUCGCCUUAUUAUUUUUAAGAAGCUUUUAGGGAAACGUAUGUGGAACCUCUAGUGCAAGCAUCAUGAAUCUUAAGUGUGUACUCUAUGUGUUUGGACUAUUUUUGUUAAACAAAACGUUCGCCGACAAUUAUACAGCAGAACAUAAAUCGCACUCGUCAACGGAUUAUGACAUUACAGUCGUUUACAGACUACGAGGGAACUCCACAAACUUCAAUAAAUGUGCAAGACCGGAUAAAUUUUUAAUCGAUUUCAUAAAUGAUGGAUGUUAUGGUGGCGAAGUUCAUUCAAGGACUAACGCUAUUGGACUCCCAAUAACAUUCAAUGGAAGAGUUUUGAGGUCGAAGGACAAGGACCUAGAGUUCAUUGUAGAUUCGUCUUACCCUAAUCGUUAUUUUACAAAAAAUCACGUCAAGUAUGACCCGUCAAAGUGGAUUAUCGAUUCAACAUACAGGAAAUAUACAUAUACAUCUUAUGGACAUUAUAACAGCUAUAGAGACCAAAAAACGGCUGCAGGAAGUCUUUUAAAGUUUACCGGAUCAUAUUCUUCAAGUACAUUUAAAAUCAGUUGGACGCCAAAAGAAACAGUUGAAGGAUGUGUAUCAAUAACAUAUAUUAUGUCAAAUGGAGUGAACAACGAAAAUAAAAAAUAUUUAAUGAUAUAUGAAGUAGGCAGUUAUAAUCCAAUUAUAUCACAUCAAUUGAAAAAUACGAGCGAAUUGGAGACGUUAAUACUGCGAACCAAAAACUUGUUUUUUAAAAAUAAUACUUAUCAAUUGGUUAUAAGUAGUCAUUCCUAUCCAGAUAAUUCAGAUAAUUUUGGAAUUAAAAGAAUAGCUGAGUGCAAUAACGAAGACGGAGAAAUUUAUGAAAUAUCUGGAAGUGAAAUUAGUUCAAGUCCAAUUCAUAAGGCUAACGUUUAUCAAUUGCAUGUUACGGAGUCAAGUGAUUCAGCGUACUCUCAAAAAGAGUGUAAAGUAAACAGAUUUGGAGCCGACUGUUCUGGAAUAUGCUCAACGCGACAUAAGACGUUUUGUCAGAAUAAGCUAUUUUGCACUUCAAAUUCUAGAUGCUCGUGUGCAUCUGGAUAUACUGGAAAAUUUUGUGACGAAAAUUGUCCGUCAGGAACAUUUGGUCGUGAUUGUCAACAUCAAUGUGCCAAAAACUGUCUAAGCGAAUGUAACGUCUUCACUGGCGUUUGCCUGGGUGGAUGCAAAAAAAAUUUCGUUUUGCCAAAUUGCACCGAAAAGUAUCCAUGGUUAAAAACACCUCCUCAGUUAGUAUCAUCUGAUUAUCGGUCUGUUAAACUAAAUUUGAGUUUUGAGAGUGGAAAUAUCGAUGGGAGCCAACAAAUACCUCUCAUUUACUAUCAAAUAGCAUAUAAGAAAAAAACGAGCGAAUUCGAUUUCCAGUAUUCAGAUAUUAAAGCAAUUCGAAAUUCUUAUAACAUAAUAGACAAGGUUGAACAUUUACAUGCCGGUACAGAGUACACGUUUGGCGUAAAAAUAAUUUCAAAAGACGGAAAUUUCAACGACGAAGAUAUGAAUACUGCCAACUACAGAACUCAAUGCCAAGUCCCUAAGAAUAUCGAUUACGGACUGAAAUGUUCAAAAAGUUCCAACCAUAUCGAAGUCACUUGGGAAAAAUAUUUUGUCAACGACACGUACGAAUGCAAAAUCAUUGGCUACACUGUUAAAAUAAUCAACAAUCGAGAAGAAACUGUAGAAGUCAAUACCAAAGAAAACAAUCACAUUUUUCAAUAUCUUCUACCAGCUUCCGAAUAUGCUAUCCAAGUGACAGCAUUGACCAAUUUUGGAUCUGCCGAACCUUCAGCCAUUGUUUAUGAAACCACAGACGUACUCGGGUACAUUGGUGUACAAAACAUUACAGCUAAGCUACUGGAUUCGAACAAAGUCAUACAUUUGACUUGGGAGUUGGGAAAUCCGUAUAUAGAUGCUCCGAUAAGUUACCUAAUCAAACAUAAAAUAAACCGAAACUAUAGUUGUUCUCAUUCUACCGUUGGUACAACCCUUUGGACGGAAAAUACCGUCCACAAUAAAACCGAGUACGAUAUCAAUUUGGACUUCAUACCGAAUGUCCAGUAUAUUAUACAAGUGGUGCCGAUCACUACUGGUUCUUUUAGUUUGGACGAUGAGAAUGUUGUCUUUGUACAAACGGAAUCUUCGACACCAAAACUGGCACCUGCUAUUGACAAAAGCCAUCCAGUGUACGUUACCAAUGAUACGGCACAAAUCAAAUGGUUCGUGGAUAAAAGACAUUGUAUGGAUCUGAACGGAAUUUUGUCAGGCUACCAUUUAACGUUGAAGAAUCGUUCAAACGGAACUCAAACAACAAUAGAAACCGAAGACACCGCAGUUGAAUUGACUGAUCUGGUCCCUAAUACAGAUUAUGAGCUACAGAUUUGUAUAAAAACCGACAAAGGGUUCGACAUGGACUACGCGCUUUCAGUUCCAUUUAAAACUAAGCCAAAAUACUUACCUCCGGCAGAGGAAAUUACGGUUUAUAAAAAAAAUACAAAAACUAGAUCCAUCGAUCUUAGAUGGAGUUACCCAAACGAUUCCGCCGUGGACGGUUUCAUUUUGCAAACGAGUACUAACAAUCAAAAAUCUGAUGUAAAUCAAAUAACAAUAGAACCAUUUAGAUGUAAGGCGUGGCCAAAGUUUUACUGUACGACAAUUAACAAUAUGAUACCAGGCGUCGAAUACACUGUAAAAGUAAGAGCAAAAUCUGUCGAUUAUCCAAAUGGAGGAUUACCGGCUUCCAUUAGCUUCAACACUAUCGACGGAUCUCCGGACGAACCAGGGAAUCUCAAAACAACCCACGUUGGUGCCAAAAGCGUGAGUUUAGAAUGGGACAUCCCUUGGAUGUUGAACGGUGUUCUCAGGUCGUUUAUAAUUAACGCCGAGGAAGUGUCUGCUAUCGACGUGGACUCCUGUUGUGUCAGCUUACCAGUUAUGGAAUUACAGGUCACAGAAGAAUUGCCGACAUACAACUACACGAUAGUCAACCUAAGACCCGGUUCAACAUACACAAUAGGCGUGCUAGCGAAAAAUUCAUGGUAUGGACAGGCUAAGAAAAUAUACGUGACCACUUUGUUGCUAGACACAACAUCAGAAAUAACGACAGAAACAAACGUUUUCAAUGCUACCGAAACGAGUUAAUGCAAAUCCGUUUACCAUACUUUUAAUAAAAUAAUCCAUUGUCUCAAAA